GUAAACAGAGAGCCACUGUCGGUAGUCACAACUAGAAUUGAAUGAAGAAGAAUACAAGCUAUAGUUCGAGAUACAAAACUUAAGAAUAAAAAAUUAUACAUAUCAAUUCAUAAAAUAAAAAUUUAGUGCAAUUUUAAAUACAGAAUAAACAAUAACGGUAAAACGCGAAAGAAUGAAAGCGGAUUAAAUCAGAAUUAAAAUACAAACAAAGAUAAUAAUUAAAUGAAAAGCUAAAAUAAAAGCAAUUUGUAUUGUAAUACUAACCUAAUAGAAAAGUGCAAAUAAUUAAGUUAAAUUAAAAGAAAAGAAAAAAGAUCUAAAGAAAAACUAUUUAACAUGACUUUAAAAGGUUAUGAAGAUCUAGAUAAAAUUGCCGAACAACAAACUCAAUUACCAAUUGAUAGUAAUGCCAUCAGCAAUAAUACCAAUGGAGCAGUUUUAAACAAUUCUAAUGCUCCCCCUUUUCGCCGCUUAAUAUCCAUGUCCGAUCCAAAUAUUUACAAUAACUCCGCACCUCAAAACGGUUUAAGUUUAAAUACGCGUGUUAAUCUCGGCUCAAUAUGUUUGUUACGUCCCUCUAACAGUUAUUACAACAACAAUGAUGAAACCCAUUUGAUGUCUGCCUCACCGGUACAAUUUUUUAAGAAUUAUCGCAAAGAACGCACCUUACUUUUCACAUUCGUUUUUCUCUAUGUUUGUUUUCUAAUGCUUGGUGCGGUUAGUUUUCAAAUAAUUGAAACACCUGUUGAACUGAUCGAACGCAAUGAACUUACUAUUUUGCGCAAUAAUUUCCUAAUGAAAUAUCCACAAAUAAAUGAUGAUGACUUGGAGGAAUUCCUUAAAGCUGUUAUAACAGCUAAUGAUCGUGGCAUAUCACCACUGCGUAAUGCCACCAACGAAAUGAACUGGAGUUUUGGUCAGGCUUUGUUUUUCUCCAGUACAGUGGUGACAACUAUCGGCUAUGGACAUGUGACACCAUUAAGUCAAACAGGCAAAAUAUUUUGCAUGAUUUAUGCCGCCAUAGGUAUACCACUGACAUUGGUACUGUUAAGUGCAAUGGUUGAGAAAUUAUUAAUACCAGCCAAUUGGUUGUUGGGCUUACUCAAUUCGAAACUGGGCCACUUGUAUCAACCCUUUAAUAUACGAGUCAUGCACUUGACUAUUGUUGUUAUAAUUGUGGCCGUAUUAUUUUUUGCAAUACCCACUGCUGUUUUUGCCUAUUUGGAACCAUCAUGGGGUGUUUUGGAUGCUUUCUAUUAUUGUUUCAUCUCAUUGACCACCAUUGGUUUGGGCGAUUAUAUACCGGGCGAUGGUGUAUCGAUUGAUAAUCGUUCUAUUUAUAAAAUGCUUAUAACAGCAUAUUUAGUUUUGGGUCUCAUUGCCAUGAUGCUCGUACUAACCAUUUUCUACGAUAUACCACAAUUAAAUUUGGGACAACUCUUUACCGAAAGUACUAAUGGUGAAACGGAAAAACUACGCCUAUCCGGCAAUAAUACAACAUGUUAUUCAGGACCUACCGGUCUCUAUAUGCCGCAACGUAAUGAAGAUACACGACGUGCUAUUGUACGUAUACGACCACAUGGUGAUGACUCACCCAGUCCAGAUGAGGCACCAUCGUCGUCAUCGCAAAGUAGAGAUUUACGAAUGCCAUAAAUAAACAAUUUUUAAAUGCCAGCCAUGUCAUAAUGAUAAACAUAUAGACAUUCUUACAUACAUACAUACUUACAUAAAAAGCAUACAUACAUACAUACAUACAUGCAUAUAAAAAGCAUAUAAUUUUAACAGGAAAUCAGUAUGAACAAAAAGAGUAAAAAUUUACUACUACUAGUCUUUUACUCAUAAAACUACACACCUACAUAACUUAUCAACUCAUACAUAAACACUCAAACACAUACACACAUAUACAUGUAUAUCAGUAAUAAAGACAUUAAUUCUACUAUAUAUUUAAUACAAAAAAAAAAACAAUUCGAAUAAAAAUAUAUAUCAAAAAAUAUAUUGAUAACUUAAGCCAUAUCCCCCUAAAAAAACAACAAAAGAGGAAAUAUUUUAUGUACAAUAUACAGUUAUAUAUAUACCAAACACAUCAUACAGCUAAACGAUUUACACUAAACCCUUAUACACUCUACACAAACAAACAAAGAAACAUACAUACAUACAUACGUAAAAUAUUUUAACGAAAUACGAAAAUUGAAUCUCAACUUCAAGAUAGAAUUUUAACGUUUAAAAAUGUAAUUUUAGGUGUUGAAAUCCUAUACCUACUAACCUAAAAUUUAAUCAUUUAUAAGAUUCCUCAUAAGUCCUCUUUACCUAAAAAAAAACAUAUUAGCAGCUACUUUAGGUUUUUAUUGUUGUUAAAUUUUAGGCUUCUAUUGUUUAAAUCUACAAACAGCCAUUUAAAUUCAAAUGAAAUAUUGACAGAAAGUGAAUAUGUAUGAAAAAAAAACGAAAGGCCUAAAGCUGAUUUGUUACUUUAUGCUAUAAUAUGCGAGCAACACGAGAUGUCUAUAAUUGUUGUUUUUGUAAGGCCAUAAAAGCCAGUUGGCAAUAUUUUACGAGGGUCUAGUAGAAAGUGUUCGACUUAAGAGAGGAAGAGAACUUAAAAUAUUAAGCCGUCCUUAUAGCAAAACUUAUUUAUUUAACCCAAAAGAGGUCCAUUCUACUUCAGAAGGAUCUCUAUCUGAAUUAUAACACUUUGACGGCCUUAUUGGCAAUAAAGAUUAUGUAUUACAUAAAGUUGAGGGAGAGCACAAGAUGUUAUUUAUUUGAGUUAUGCUUCUUCAUUGGACCAUUAUACUUUAAAGGGACAUUUGCGAGACCUAUAUUGCCCCGAUAACCUUAUUGAUAGUAAUAUGUUAGGUUCCAUGAGUAGCUCACUUGUGUCCCUAGCGGUCUAUAUUAAGUACAUAUUUCUUUCUGUUUCCAGAAUAAAACCAACCGGUUUCUUUGAUAAAGCUUAAUUCCAGAUAGCUGCUCCAUAGCCAACAGAAAAAAAGUACCGAAGUGACGCUCUCUAUUCUCGGUAAAUAUUGGGAUAGUUUAUAAUCUUUCUCUUCACUAUGACAAGACCAAAACUUCUGAUAUGAAUGCCUAAGGCUCAGGGUCCUGUAAUUGCUGAUUAUAAAAUUUUUAUUUUCUCUCUGCGGAAGUUUAUUACUAAGCUUAACCUAAGAGCAUCAUAUAGAGAAAAUGUAGAUAUCGGGGUUUAACAGGUGAUUUUAUUGAUUCGGUCUUUUUCAUACUACUAGUAAGAGAGAUACCGGUAAAUACGUCGAUUUCGAUUGUGACCGAAGUAACGCUCUCUAUUCUCG